UAUCUUGAUAUUAUUUUCUUUCUUAUCACUCUUCUUAUUUAUUUGUAGUUUAUGUUUCCCAAGAAUAAUAAAUAAAUUUAACUUGUUUCUAAACAUUUACGAAAUUCCUCAACUUUGUAAUGUGAAAAGUCUAUAUGUUAUUAGGUAAAUUAAGAUUUUAUACGACGAUAUUGAAAGAAACUGAAGUUUCAGUUGCUUCACAAAGUGCAAUUCUUUAGCUGCGUGUAAAUUCUACAUAAAAUUUUUGCACAUUGAAAUCAGCAUUUCUGUUGAAAAGUGUUUCGAGUUUCAAUGUUGGCCUUCUGAAAUAUUUUUUAACAUGUAAUGUAAUUUGAUCGAAAGUAAUUCCUAUUAAUUUCUGCAACAAAAAGAAUAGCGUCACGUCAUAUCUGUGAUUCGUGAUACAAUAAACAAUGACGCCAUAAUACCUGAGGCGUCUUGGUAGUAACACUUCCGGGAGAAGCUAAAGUUAAAGUGAGUAACUGGAGAAAGAAUGUACUAUUUUUUUUUAUUUGACGUGUUUAUACGUUGCAUGGUGAAAGGCACAGUUUCACAAUCCAAUUCCAACACUUCUGUGUGGAAACAUUCCAACUUCCUACACAUACAUCUAUUGAUGUAUAAGAUGAUCCUAUAGCGUGUUCGAUAUAAUAAGAACAAUAAUCCGAUACAUUUCACGUAAUGUAUUUAAGUGCAAAAAAAUUCUAAGUGAAAUUCAAUUUUCAGUUCAUCUUUACCGGAAUAUCUAUGUUAUCACGUUUAUCAACUUCAUUUUAUUAAUGGCUCGUAUGACAAAAAUAAUCACGAGUUACUUCAUUGACUCCCUCAAUUCCUUUCUUGGAAGUAAAAAACAUGAUUAUUGUAAUCAAAAGUACGAAAACUUACAUUAAAAAAUCGAACUUGAUUGCAAUGCUAUUAAAAUUGCCAAUAAGGGAAUGGAAAAUUAAUUGAAAAUAUCUUUAGACAUAAAUGCGAACUACACCGCUCUUAGCACUCAAGCUAGUUGAAUAGUUUAACGAACACAUCAUCGAACUCUACUUGGGAUCAACGAUUUCCUCACAAUGAGCAUCAAGUUUGUCCUGUGGAGACAACUGGAGACAUCCUGUUUACACGAUCGCAGGUGGGAAACAAAAAGAGAAACAAAUAAACCGAGACAGGUUUGAAAUAUUGGACACCACUGGCAUUUCGGAAAACACGUUGUGAACGAGACGUAUGUCAGGCUAUCAAGAGAGAGAGAGAGAGAGAGAGAGAGGGGGAGAUUUAUUCGACAUUCCGAUGAUGCGCAUCAUGCGAAGAACGCGAACACAAGAACAUGUUCAUUGUCCUUCGAGGGAAACUAUCUUUCCGCUUCGCGCGUCUUCGUCAUCUGGCUUAGAGGCAUCGGAUGCAAAUAGCGCCCAAGCUCUCCUCGCUGCUUAAAACCGGUACGAUGGAACCAACGAUUGCAUGCCGUCCGUUUCCUCGCUCUCAGUGUGUACCGGUCGGGCGAGAGAACAAGGUGCGAUCGAGAGGAUCAUCAACGCCUACCGAGCUUCGUCUCGCGCCGUCUCACUGCAGCGCGCAGUCCUUGUAGUGCCAUCUCCGUCUAGCACACGUGAUGAUGAUCGAACAGUUAAAUUAGAGCCGAAAUUUCGAGGAACCGUCACCGUAUAAAAUUGAUUCAUCCAUUACAGAGCCGGCCGCUUCACUCGACUGACAGGUCUGACACAAAAGGUAAUUAAGACCUAACACGGCAACAGGCGGAGAUGGUACGAGCAUCGUGCGUGUUUUGAGGCCGCGCUCUGCCGCCUCGUCGGCGAUAUAAAUGGAAGAGGCCGGCGAACGGACGUCGAGGCUCGCGCCGACUUCGUCACUGCGCCACGCUGCGACCUCGUUGCUGCUAGCCCGCUGGAUCAGCUCCACCAAGCUGCCCAAGCAAGCUGACAGCGAAAUCGAGGAUGACGAGGGUUUCGAAUGCGUGCCUGCUGACAGCGUGCCUCACGCUGGGGAGGACUACUCGAUAUGCAUCAGCGAGUUCGGCUACUCCACGGAGAUCGACCGCUCGUCCCUGCGCAUCAAUGAGGACUUCAUCAGGAACCUCUUGACGGAGCACGCGCGCCGGGCAGCCUGCAGGUCGCAGCUCUGUGAGGAGCUAGAGCAACUGAGCAGGGCAGAAGAUGAGGCGAGCACGGAGGCGUUCCUCGCGGCCUGCAAGCCCCAGGAGAUCAACGUGCUGUUGCUGCAGGCGAGCUUCGCCGGCCGCGUCGACCUGAUCCGCCGGCUGAGCGAGCUCGCCGACAACGUCGACUACGCCGAGCCCGACCAGGGUCUCACGGCGCUGCACUUUUGCGCCUUCCGCAACUGCCUGGACGGCGUGAAGCUGCUGAUGGCUCGCGGCGCGAGCGUCACCUCCGGCUUCAAACACACACCGUUCCAUUACGCCGCCUUCGGCGACUCCUACGAGGUCGCUCAGCACUUGCUGCAGCGAGGCGUCGCCGCUCAGGAGAGCCCGGAAGACGAGGAGACGGUGCUGCACGUGGCGGCGCGCACGAACGCCUUGCGCGUGCUCUCGCUGUUGGCGCCGGGCAGUAAGGACCUCGAGCGGCUGGACCCGGACGGCUUCGCCGCUAUUCACCACACGGCCGAUGGCGGAAGCUCAGAUUGCCUGCAUGCGCUGCUGAAGGCGGGCUGCCCGGUGGACCUGCCCACCCAGAAGAACGACACCGCCUUGCACUUGGCGGCUGAAGCCGGCUGCGUGGACAACGUCGCGCUCCUCGUCGAGGCGAAGGCGAGCCUCCAACUGCAGAACCACCGGGGACACACAGCCUUGCAUCUAGCGGCGCGUUCGCACAGCCUGGAAUGCGUGGAGGCGUUGCUGAAGGGCGGUGCUGAUCCGAACGCGGAGGACGACGAGGGUCGGUCGCCCUUGCACUUAGCCUUGAGCCGAUCACUCAUGACCGACGACGUGACCGAGCUGCUGGUGGCUUGGAGGGCGAACGUCAACAAGGCCGACAAGUACGGCUACACGCCCCUGCACAUCGCGGCCUCGAACGAGCUGUCGCGAUGCGUGAACCUGCUCAUCAGGCACGAGGCUGACCUCAGCGCCAGGACCAACGGCGGCACCAGCGCUUUGUCCAUCGUCCUACGCAAGACACCCACCUGCUUGGACGUGUUCGAGCGGCGACUGGACGCUGCCGUGAACCUACAUCGCCAAGGGGUCGUCGCGGGCGAGCUGGAGCUGCGGCUGGACUUCCGGCCGUUGCUGCAGCACCGACGCCACGGUGAGAUCGGCUAUCUCGACGCUUUCGUGAAGGAAGGCUACAAGGAGAUCCUGGAACACCCGCUGUGCCAGUCGUUCCUCCAUCUCAAGUGGCAGAAGAUCAGGAAGUAUUACGCCGCCAGGCUGCUCUUCUACCUGCUGUACGUGCUGAUCCUCACGAGCUGGGUGAUGACCGGCUUGGCUUACAAUUGCUACAACGAGUCGCACGGCCACGCGCGCGACCCGCCGCUCUGCGCCAAAGCCACCGGGCUCUACGGCUUCCUCUACAGGCACCCGGCCUUGCUGGGGAUCCAGUGGUACACGUUGGUCAUGCUCACCCUACUGGAGGCCUUCCGCAAGUUCACUGUGAUGCCCAGCUACCUGUCGGUCAGGCACUUCUUCACGCAGCCGGAGAACCUGGUGGACUGGUGCGUGAUCUUGAGCGUGUUCGCGACGUCCUUCGUGUACACCGGCAAAACUUACGCCUGGCAGAGCUACCUCGGCGCUUUCGCCGUCCUCUGCGGCUGGAGCAACUUGAUGCUGAUGAUUGGCCAGCUGCCGAUGUUCGGCGCCUACGUCGCGAUGUUCACCAGCGUGCAGGCUCAGGUGUUCAAGCUGCUGUUGGCAUACGCCUGCCUCCUGGUGGGCUUCACGGCGAGCUUCUGCGUCAUCUUCCCGCACUCCAAAUCCUUCGGCAGCCCGCACACGGCUCUCAUCAAGGUCCUCGCGAUGAUGACCGGCGAGCUGGGCUUCGAGGACCUCUUCUUCCCGUCUAACGAGUCGAUCGCUCAGACCGCCAUGUCGGACGUGGAGGGCACCUCCUGGGUCUUGCUGCAGAUCUCGGCGCAACUGUCCUUCGUGCUGUUCCUGCUCUUCGUGACGAUCGUGCUGAUGAACCUGCUGAUCGGCAUAGCCGUGCACGACAUCAAGGGCCUGCAGAAGACGGCGGGGCUCGCGAAGCUCGUCCGCCAGACCAAGCUGAUCUACGACGUGGAGGUCGCGCUCUUCUUCGCGCUGCUGCCGAAGCGCCUGAUCAAGUGUCUUCGGUGGUCUGCGUUGAUCUUGCCUUCGCCGAUGCGUGCCGUUCUUACCGUCCGGCCGCUGAAUCCCAGGGAGACGAGGUUGCCGCGCGACGUCCUCUCGGCUGCCUACAAAGUAGCCAAGGAAGGGGACGGUCAUAGUAACUUUGCCGUGUCGCGCAAGAAGACCUACGGCGCGGGCUAUUACGCGAAAGCGUGUAUGAAAGGCGACAUCUCCAGCGGCUGCCGCCGGCGUGGCUUCGACGAGGACACACUGACGCAGGAUUGCAACAGGCUCAAGGACGACAUCGCCGAGCUCAGGAAGAUUUGCGAGAGGAAUCAGGCCCUCCUUCGGGAGCUCGCGAAGACGCACAAGUAGCAGAGGAUCAACGGAUGGAACUCGUCGAGACGAAUGCACAGCAAUUCGAAGUCUCGAGGAUUCGAUUGCUCAGCAACGAUCGGAGACUCUGAAAAUUGAGAAUGCCGGAAUGCGGACUUGAGGAAACGUGCUUAUACAUGCGGCACUGUUCUUAAUUGCAAGUCUCUCAGCGAGCGGGAUCUGUUAUAUUUUCUUCUCUUUUUAUAUUAUAUAAAUUAUAUUAUUUACGCCUACAUAAAGGAGUGCAUCAAAUGAGGAACGCAUUUCGAGAAGAUGAAGAAAUAAACGAGGCAGCCAAGAAAUAUCCUACGCCGGACGUCUGCGUAUCAUUUACAUCUAUAAUUCACGUUGGUUUAUCUAUUAUCUCUUAUCUUGUUACUCGUUUAUAUACAGGGUGUCCGGAAUCUUUUGGAAACAAAAAAUUAUGAAGAUUAAUCGGAUCAAACUGAGAGGAAAAGUCAAGUGUAAAAGUCAUUUUGCAAAAAUCGCAAUAGCUAUUAAGUUGUUAAUGAUUGAAAAUGAUCACAGAGGAUUUUUUGAUUGAUAAUUUGAAAAUUUGCAUGCUUAUUUGCAAAAUGGUGAAGGACUUUUUUGUUCAGAAUGACCUAUCCUACAAUUAUAUGACGGCCAUUGUGCAACAAGUUCAAGGUUUAGAGUUCAAAGUUCAAUGUACUCAUAUCUACCGCUAGACACGCAGAUGUAGUCAUUUUCAUUAAUAAUUUAAUAACUAUUGUGAUUUUUACAAAAUGGUCUUCGACUCUCAGUUUGAUCUGAUUAAUUUUCAUAAUUUUCCGUUUCCUAAAAAUCCCGAACACCCUAUAUAAUUCUUCAACAAUAGUAAUUUCUAACGUAUCUGCCGCGAUCAGUGAAUAUCCCCUCUCUCU